AUGCCUCACACCAUGAACGACAUUGACGGUCCGGCCUUCAGACCCUCGUCGCAAAAUUCACUGCGAUCCGGCUCACCUGCUGGACAAGCCUAUGAGCCCCAGGCAUUCGGUCAACCAGCGAUCGGGAGACCGCCAAUGGCCCCCCGACAGCGAUCAACGCAAUCGCGGGCUCAAUCUCGGCCACACAGCUCGCUGAGUGCCUACCAGAAUGGCUACAGUGGCAAUGGAUACACAGGAGAACAACCGAGUCGCAAACCGUCCAUUGACCAGGCAUCUGUCGCAGAAUCAAACGCGACUUUGGAUCUCGGCUACCACUCGAUCGGCCAGCCCCAACUACCGCCGCGGAGCGAAAAACGCCUCUCGAUCUCGACCAACAACUUUGAUCAGCAAUCAAUCGGUGGGCUCUCCAUUGACCAACAAUCCGUCGGAAAUCAGUCUCUAGGACAUCAUUCAAUCGGCGGCCCGCCGGGCGGCUACUACUCAUCUCCAACUUCCCCCACCGGUCUCCAUCCGUCCUCCUCAAACAAAUCACUCCGACGAAACUCCGUGGUGAAUGAACUCCCGGUUCUCCAACAAACAAAUCCAAACGAAGGCUCCGAGCAAUUUAAUCCGAUUCUCGAAGAAAAUGAAGAAGCCUCUUACGAUUUGGUCGCUCCCUACGAGGGCGACGCAGCUCCACUUCACACCCUGGAACGCCAAGCCGACCUGAUGUUCUGCACCGAGCAUAUGCUGGCGAUCCUGAGUAACCCACGAUAUCUCGCGCGAUUCCGUGAAUUCCUCAGCCAAGAGCGCCCCGGGUCAUUCUCCACAUUAACAUACUAUCUCAAUGCCUCGAAAUCGUUGAAGGCCAUUGAGUAUGCGAAUGCGCUCGUGCGCUUGGCAGUCGAUGUGCCGACUGCGGGAAUUGAGACGGCCGAGAAGCCGGUCGGCCCAACAGUGAACAUGGCGCUUGAACAGCGCGUUCAAGCCGCGCUGGAUGCCCUUACUGCGGAGGAAUUGCCCGCAUUCAUCACCGCGACUUGUAUCAAUAUCACCGGCAAGGUUGUGGAGGAGCGGGUACGCGGUACCCUCCCUGACAAAUUCCAGGGAACGGCCGAUGCGUUGGCCGAGGUGUUCUGUUUAACGGAUCCCUCAAGGCCGGAUAACCCUAUCAUCUUUGCCUCUGGAGAAUUCCACCGCACCACACAAUACGGCAUGGACUACGUCCUAGGUCGAAACUGUCGUUUCCUGCAAGGCCCCAAGACCAACCCCAACAGCGUGCGACGCAUUCGCGAAGCACUGAAAGCCGGACGUCAUCACUCCGAGCUCUUCCUCAACUAUCGCCGUGACGGCUCCCCAUUCAUGAACCUUCUCCAAAUGUCGCCACUCUGCGACAGCCGCGGUAACAUCCGUUAUUUCAUCGGUGCUCAGGUCGACGUCUCAGGCCUCGCAAUGGAGGGCGCACAGAUGGAAUCCCUACAAAAUCUCCAAGCGCAAAAAGAAAACCCCGAAACGGCCGAACCUGCACCCAAAGAUUCCAAGUCCGAAUUCCAGGAACUCGGCGAACUCUUCAGUCCCCGUGAAUUGCAAAAUGUUCGCGAACACGGUGGAAAUCUCUUCCAACCAAUCGUCAACGAAGAUCCCAAUCAUCGUCUCUUCCUCCAAGACUCCGACACAGAGAGUGAACACCACGCGCCUUCCUCGCAUCAGCCCACGGUGCCUGAACCCAGCGCCGGCCUGUCUCUGACGGGCGUCUACAGAAACUACCUCCUCGUCCGCCCCUAUCCCUCCCUUCGCAUCCUCUUCACGUCGCCCUCCCUCCAAAUCCCUGGAAUGCUCCAAUCGUCCUUCUUGAACCGCAUCGGCGACUCAGGCGCCAAGCGCGACCACAUUCUCAACGCCAUGAUGUCGGGGCGCAGUGUUACCGCGCGCAUCAAGUGGGUCACGAAGUUCAGCAGUGAUCAGGGUCGGUAUCGGUGGAUUCAUUGUACGCCAUUGCUGGCGAAUAAUGGGCAGAUCGGUGUAUGGAUGGUGGUUGUGAUUGAUGAUGAUGAUCAGGAUUCUGUGCGAUGGCAUGGAAACUACCCGGCUAACUAUUAG